UCGAUCAGUGACGUCAGUGUGUUAGGCUAAAGCAGUCGAACUCGAUAACUUCAGGUGACUUCGGGUAUUGACCUAGCACUCAACGCUAAACUAUGGCAGGAGACAAGGACAUGUUUCUAAGAGCGAAACAGCGGACGUAUGAAGGUUUAACAGAAGAUGAGGAGAAGCAGUGGACGGGGCCGUUUUGCUUCAUCCAGGCGGCUGACCCGCAGCUGGGGCUGAUGAAGGCAUGGAGGGUGGGAGACUGUGAUAGAGGAGGUGAUGAGUGGGCAGAAGAGGUGCAGCUCACCAAGCAGGCUGUCGGAGCCAUCAACAAACUGCAGCCACGGCCACGCUUUGUUGUCCUCUGUGGGGAUUUGAUCCAUGCCAUGCCAGGUUGCCAAUUCAGAGAGGAGCAGGAGAGGGACCUGAAGGAUGUCCUGCGGGACACUGAUCCAGAAAUUCCGCUCGUGUUUGUCAGCGGUAACCAUGACCUUGGCAACACUCCCACUCUGGACACAGUGGAGCAAUACUGCCGUGCCUGGGGUGAUGACUACUUCAGUUUCUGGGUUGGUGGAGUGCUGUGCCUGGUGUUGAAUUCUCAACUGUUCUUUGACGCAUCAGGCUGCCCUCAGCUGGAGGAAGCACAUGAGGUCUGGCUGGAGAAACAGCUCCAGAAAGCAGCCAAGAGCUCAGCACGGCAUGUCAUUGUCUUCCAGCACAUUCCACUCUACCUGAGUUCUCCAGACGAGGAGGAUGACUACUUCAAUCUGCAGAGAGCCAAGAGAGAAAAUCUGAUACACAGAUUCUGCCAAGCAGGUGUCAAAGCCGUGUUCUCGGGUCACUACCAUCGUAAUGCAGGCGGCUGCCAUGCAGGACUGGACAUGGUGGUGAGCUCAGCUAUCGGCUGUCAGCUGGGGAAGGACGCGCACGGGGUCCGGGUGGUGGUGGUGACCGCUGAUAAGAUCAUCCAUCGCUACCACACGCUGGACCAGCUGAGUGAGAAAGGCAUAGAUGAAGAUCUGAAGAAACUCUUAUCUUAAAUGAAAGUUUGACCUUCUGUGGGUCUUUUUUUUUUUGGAUUAGAUUUGUUGGUUCUAGAUCAGUAGAAAAGAACAAAGUCUGCUUUCAACUGGCGCUGCCUCUGAACAACAGCCGCCAUUCCGUGUCAAUAUCCAGAAGACAUCUGAAUAAUAAGCUUCUGCACACAGCAGGAGAAAAAAGCAGAGAAAUCUAACUGUCUUAAGGUGUCAUCAGAGUGCCGUUUCCUUUCUGCACUGUAAACUCCUUACGUUCUAUAAUGUUUGGGUCUGUCCUGUCAGAAACAAAUAGUUUGGAGAUGUAAUUCCAAGCAAUAGUGACAUAACUGUUUCUCUUUUUCCUUUUUCAUACCUUAAUCAAACAUCGUGACAUUUGAAUCAGAAAAAUUUAUCCGAGAUGCUCCAAUUCCUCUAAACCCACAUCACCUAAUCACACUAAUCAGCAAAUGGAAGUAGAGUUGGAGCUGGUCGUUUGGUGAUUUCAGCCUCUGUGUCCAAGCCCAUUACGCUCUCCAAACUCCAAGAGGUGAGAGGAGGCAAUCUCCAUGGCAACCACCGAAAGACAUGGCAGUUAAGACUGUAACUUCCAGAGACUCAUUCCAUCAUCAAAAACUUGCUGAUUUUCAUCUCACACUUGUGGUUUUAUCUCUCAGGUUUUAAAUCCAAUUUGAUGAUUUGAUGCAGGCAAAAAAAAAAAGAAUUCUUUGUCGAACUUAGGGAGUGUGUACUCAUUCAGCUCCAUCUGCCUUUGUAACUUACAAAUCCAACCUUGCCAGUUACGAAGGAGAGCAUCACAAGGGAUCAAUGCACUGUAUCUCCACAGGUCAUCUUUUUUUUUGUUAUAUUUUGAUUAAAUUGAUUUGUAUAUAAAUAUAAUAUCAAUGAUUAGAAUAGAAACCUUUUUUUAAUGAAGCACCUUUGUGGGUCCUCCUGUUGGUAGAUCUGUGCCCAAUGGCAGGGAUGUAAAUAAAGGGACUGACACAGGGAUUAAAAUAAACAGUUUGUUCUAUUUA